UGUGCAAGCAUGGGGAGGAAAUUAGUAAAAGGAAAAAAGAGGUUCUGUCAAAUGAAAGGCGAGCCCACAGUGCUCUGCACGUUCCGAUUUCUGAUUAGAUUCUUCCAUGCGUCUGCCAAUCUCACACACUUUCCAUCCGACAGGCUUCGGCGAUAUCGUCCCUGGUUGCGCCUUCUGUAUUUGUCAGGGGGAUAUUCAAGUCCUUGAAAGCAAAUUGCAGCUCAACCUCGCUCAGUGUACUCCUUCGCAUCCUUGACCACGCCGCUCAUUCCAGUUUCUCUCGAGCCAGUUGCUCAGACGAACAGGAGAAGAAGUUAAUUAUGUAAAGUCUAAAUCGAGGAAGGCGAGCUUAGAGAAUCUGGGGCAUCAUCCGAUCAUGCAAUGGUGGUUUGAAAGGCGGUCAUUCGUCUGAGAGAACAAGAUGAGGAGUUGAUGAGAAAACUUAUAAUAGUAAAAAUCGACGGAGCUUACCAUAAUUGGGGGAGUGGUCUGCAUGACAACGGAUGGAGCUUGGAAGGAUUGGAGCAAAGGCCAAGGCAAAACGAAGGCGAAACAUGGAAGUCUGGGUGGUGUCAGAAAUCCUGCCGGCAACCCCCACGGUUGCGCCAUGAUCCAUCACUUGGUCGAAAGAGAGAACGUUCAUCAUGACAACAACACCCCAGCUCCACCUACUUGGUGCACAUCAGUCAAAGGCGCCGCGCUGCUGGCUGGCCUGAUUGUCGGGACACUCAAACCCAUUCCCGAACACUAGCGUAGGCCUACGGUAGCAGUCAUACGUAGUUUCUCGUAGGGCACGAAUUUGUGUGGUUGCGGCGCAGGAUCAUCGGUGCCGAGGGGAAAAAAACUCCAGGUUGUUUGUUGUAGCGGCGAGUGGGGAAGCAUAUAGGAUGAGUGAGGACCCAUCGCGGCGAGUUAAUCAGACCAGAAGAAAGUCGAAUUGUGUAAUUUGGCGAGCGUUCAAAGAGCCAAUUCCUGUCGAAGAAGCUCAUGGAAUCAACUUCCUGCAUGCUGCCCGAGAUUAUCAUAAAGCUAUUCAGCAGCCUUAGGUCUAGUGACUGAGAGAAGGAGAGUCCUCCGGUAUGGGUGUGUUUUAGUUUGAAAACUGCGGAAGGAGCAGUAGAUCUCUCAAGCGCGGCUCAACGUCAAUUAGAACUCAGUGUUUAGCCUCAACGCUUUGUGUUACUCGCGUGGUCUAAGCUGAAGACCGACAGAGCUGUCUGUUUGUUUGUUCGUUUUUUUUUUUCUUAUUUGUUAUUAUAUAUUUUUUGGAGUUUCCCAUUUUCGUCGUGCUCGUGCUCAUCGCUGGAAGCUGUAAGCGAUCGGUGCAGUAGUGAAGUGGAUCGACGAAGUCCGUAAAGUGCUCUAGCUCAAUCGUCUGUCUCCCUUCCUCGUUGCCGAUAAUUAGUAUGUGAAGCAGUGGCGAGGAUCUAAAUUUCAGACAUUCAUGGAUCUCAUCCUUCGAAUUUGAAGAGUCCUUGUAGGGAUGCUGUGAAAUCCACAUGUGAGUUGCUUCUGUUGAGGAGUUGGUUUAUAUUCUGUGCGCCCUUGCUAACAGGAAGUUCCUGAGAUUUAGAGAUCACAUGCUCUUCGUCACUUCAUUAGAAUAGCCGUUGAUUUAGUCAGUGGCCAUCGCUAUUCAAUCUGGUGCAUUGCGACACUUAACAGCACCGAACAAAAUCAUGCAUGUGUUGAAUGCGGAGCACUUACAGGUACUUCUACCUUAAAGCAUUAGCUGAUCCUUGGAAAAAAGUAUCUUAUACUUGUCGACAUCCUAAAGCGUCAGUUUCAAUCAAGCCAACCACAAAUUCGCUCCAGAGAAGAACAGCGUCAAGUCAGCACCCUCUAUUUAGUAUCUGUUGUUAGAGCUGGACGAGCUCUUGCCUCUCGACUACACAGGUCUCUUACACUUGUGAAUGACCUGUUAUCUUCGCACUUAAUGCAUACUCUCAGGAACUAGGGCAUCCAAGUUAGCCAAAUUACGCCUUCGUCACUCAAAAUCAUGCUAGUUUCAUUGUGCCGACGCAGAAGAUAUGUUUUGCUGUGAAGUAUUUGUAGCGGAUCUGCAUCUUGACAUCUCAAACACGACUACAUCCCCGGGAAGUUUCAUCUUUUGACACUGAAUCCUAUAACCAUUGUGUACGCUGUUGACAGCCUCUCGUCACAAAACUGUUCGAGUUUCUGAUAGUACCCGGUCGGCUGUAAGUUCUGUGGUGAUACUUCAAAGGACGCUGGGUUCCACUUAGCUUGUAAUUGCUGGAUGUUGUUGUACGUACUUUGACAAGGGGGAAAACACUAAGAACGUGCUGAAGUUUGAAAGCUUGCCUCAGCCCAUCUUGCCGUCAGCCUGCAAAGUAAUUCUUGUGUUCCGGGCUUGUUUGUUCAACCCAAACUUUCAAGACUUGGUGAUCUUUCAGGUAUCCUGACGAUCAUUCAACAUGUCCGUGGGAUAUUGAUCUUUCGGUGGAGCAGCUUGCAAUCCGUCACAUCUUGUAAGUCAUCAUCUUUGGGUUUAGUUACGUCUUGCCCAGCGCCGUUCUUAUGCGACAUACCCGCCCAGACACUAGCAAAUCCUGGUUCUGUCGAUGUGAUCUUGAAGGCCGGAGCAUUACCUUCAGAUUGGAAGUAGGGGCGCCGAUGCUGCAUCGUUCCCUUGUGUAUGUCCUUUAAAGGCGCCAAGAAGUUUGUGAUUCGCUUUUCAGCGACAGCAACAGAUUCAGGCUCUGCAGUUGCUGGAGUUGGAAAGUACAGUGGCAGUCGGGUAACUAAAUUGCUGCCUAUGCAUGAGUUCUGUGCUCACAUGAAGAGAUCUCAACCAUCCUGGUGGUGCAAGUUUCGAGUGCGGGACGACCUUCACAUCAUAUAGAGUUUUUUCAAACCACAAGCGAGUUCGAGUUCUCGGAAGAAAAUUUUUCACAGGAGAGUCAUUGUGAAUCCAAGGACGUAAAGUUUAGAGUCGAGGAGUUGAUCCCUUCACAACUGAAAACCGUUUUGAAGAAUCACGGGUGCAAGGAUCCAAAAACCAGGUCGAAGUUUCUGGAGCUUCGCGGCGUUGGAAUUUGGAGUUGAGUUAGUGUAUUUAGGUGCAGAACUUAUUUCGACCCAGCAGUUGUGUUUCCACCGUGCUGAUCAAAUUCUAACAGUGCUGCUGCCACUUUGAAGUUCUGGUGAUAAAACUGGGUCAUAUCUGAGUAGCUUUGUGUGAACAAUUUUUAUUGCAAAGGUUCUGUUCAGCAGUUAUACUAAUGGGCCAGAACUCAGUCAUCUUCUAGAACGAAAUUCUACCUUGUCUGAACUCGACAUAGAUACGGUGGAGAACUCGAAAGACGACUCAGCUACCAUGAGUUCAAGGUACAAUCCUCAGAGCUCAGUAGCAGUGGCACACCCCAUUCUGACGUUCUGCGAGUGGCUGAAGCCCAGUCAACCUGGGCAGUCACUGCCGCAUUAUCCUGUGGCUAUUCCUUGUGAAAGCUUGUAUCCUGGUUCUGCAUCGGGAAGCAGCUGCGAGUCCUACUUCCCAGCUCAGCCCCGGUCUUCAAACCCCAUCCAUAGGUACCCGCCAGUUGAACAGUAUGGAUAUUCGUGUAAUUUUCAGAGACAAUUGCAAGCCCAGUUUUACAAUCAGCAAGCUCGUGAUGAGCAUGAAUGGCGACAGCAGCGGCACCUGCAGAAAGAUGUGUCGAGCGAGCCGCUACCAUUCCUGAGCUUAAGUCCCCCAACCGGUAACGACGACCUGUCCGACCCGGCCCUGCGGACUGCCAUUCUCCUGCCUGAGGCAUCGCAUGCCUCUGAAGAAUCCGACGAAAAUGUCACUGUGGCCUUGCACAUAGGUCCUCCUUCCUCGGAUGCCAUGAGCAUGUCAAGGUCCACUGAAAGUCCAAGUGUGUACGAUUCAUUGAGCUUAGUCGAGAGGGAGAGGUUGCAACGAGGGCAAAGCAGACUACAUGAGGGACAGUAUUGGAUCCCUACUCCCGCUCAGAUCCUCGUCGGUCCUACGCAAUUUUCCUGCCCUGUUUGCAACAAGACUUUCAAUCGCUACAACAACAUGCAGAUGCACAUGUGGGGCCAUGGAUCCCAAUAUAGGAAAGGCCCUGAAUCGCUUCGAGGAACCCAACCCACUGCCAUGCUGAGGCUGGCAUGCUACUGUUGCUCACCCGGCUGCCGCAACAACAUCGACCAUCCUCGAUCUAAGCCUCUGAAGGACUUCCGCACUUUACAGACUCAUUAUAAGAGGAAGCACGGAAUCAAGCCUUUCAUGUGUCGCAAGUGCAGCAAGGCAUUCGCAGUACGAGGCGAUUGGCGAACCCACGAAAAGAACUGUGGUAAACUUUGGUUCUGUACAUGUGGCUCGGAUUUCAAGCACAAGCGGUCAUUGAAAGAUCACAUCAGGGCUUUCGGAAACGGCCACGCUGCUCACGGAAUCGACUCUUGCGAAGACGACGAAGACCCAGUCUCCGAAGAGGACGGCGACGAAGAAGUCUCUGGAGGCUCUCAUUGACAACCUCUCUACUCUGGUGCUGAUCAAGUCACUGUGCAUUUUUGCACAUAUGUCGCCGUGAGGAACUUCGUACCAGUCCUGACAUUGUCAAGAUCGGGACUUCGAUAAUUUUUACUGCCACCUAUCGAAUAGGUGACAUCAGUAUAUUGAGCGCUUUUCCAACUUGCCAUGGAUUGAAUUUGUCGAGCUCGCUGUUCAGGUCGAUGCAGAACAACCAAGCAACUCCAGUUAGACUCCCACCGUUAAGCACGGAUUUUGACCAAGGUUCAGAUAGAGAUAUGUGAUAUAUCUGCCCAGGCUAUUUACAAACUUCUUCUUUAACUUCGACGUCGUCUCCCAGUCUGAGAAACAAGAGAUGCAAGACUGUGGGGGCUUCUCCGCCAGCUGCAAUCUCAAACUCGGGCCUAGAUUAUGACGAUCGUUUAUUUCCCUUUCAUGGGUAUAUGUCCAUCUCUUCGCCAACUCUUCAUGAUUGAUUCUCUCAGAGUUAAACUAUCCUCCCCUUGUAAGUAAAGCUUUUUCCGAGGACCUAGCUUUAGUUCACUAAGUCGGCCAUGUGUAGCAGCGAUAUUGGGUUUGAGAGCAUAGUUUCUACCCAUCACUGACUAUGCACUUCUUUUUUGUUCGAUUAUUAUUGAUAUGCGACGUAUCAUUGUCCGGAUUGGGCCUUUAAGAGUAGGAGCCUCAGGUUUCGUUUCUCCCCACGAGCGUUUCGAAUUGUACCAUGUGUAGCAACCAUGACUGUAGAAGUUGUCUAGUAGAUCUUCUUCGACGUUAGCAGCAGCUCAAUUGUUGGUGACAGGCCCAGUGUGCACGUACUGAACUCGAUGGGUGUGUCCAUUUCUAUCUAUACAUUUCUCUAUACUAUUGUUCCUUAUUUCCAACAUA